AUGAUACGACUUUAUGUCUUUUUCGUUUGCGCAAUUUUCGCUACUGUAAGUUUUGUUCAUUACAACUAUCGGGAAUUUGGACACAUUAUAGAAUGCGCACAGAGACGGGAACCAAACCGAUGAGGGGCCAGAGAUCGUGAGUUCGAAAAAACCUAUUUAGAAAUCAAUGCUUAAUUCGGCUCCACUGAUUAACCUUUUAUUUUUAUCACUGGUCUAGAGACUACUGUCAAGAUGAGACUUAAAAAAACAGGCUUGAAUCAUUUCCUCAGAGCGCGCCAGUAGUCCGGCUGGAAAUGCUGCAAAUCUACGAGAACCCGGAAACUGGAGCCAGAGUCUACUACACCGACGAAGAAUACGCCAAAUGUGAUACGGAGCAAUUUAUCUGCGCAUCAAUUCUUGAAAAAUUCAGUUUUCCCGGGCUACGUCCGAAGGGCAACCGAUCCGAGAUGGGGCUUCAUUUCGCCGAGGGCAAAGGGUCUCGAUAAGAUUUGUCCGGCUCUCAUCAAGAUCUUCAGUGUCAUCGACAAAGGUGUGUAGAUUAUUCGAACGAAAACGCUCAAAAGAUUAUGCUUCAAAAAGCGUAAAAACAGGAGCCUCUCGUCUGGUGCCGGAAGCCGAAGUUCGCAGAUACCCUGGAGCCGUGGCCGCUGGCUUUGUCGCUCAUUGGCCUGGCUACUGUAAGUCUUCGGGAGGAUCGCUCGUCGAGCUGUACUCUCCAUUCAAACAAGGUUCACUAUUUUUCUUGAGCUAGAGUGCACUGGGAAUUUAUGGAAGCGGCGCGGUCGCGCUGCGUUUGAUAUUUAUUUCAUUCAUCAACUAUACAGAAUACGCCUACACGACCAACGAAGAUUUGGCCAAGUACCGCGUCGACUGGAUGAAUCAGCAGUACAGACCGAUCAGAGUUCUCGGAUAUAUGUACAGUGUCGCGUCGAGAGUCACCUUGUUAGUUACAAAAACAUUGAAUAAAUAUCGCUUUUUUCCAGAAAGAAACCUUGGGGCGAGCCAAAAGACAGCUACGUCUACGUGAGUUCAAAGUUUUCAGCGGAAGAUUUUCCGGUUGUUUUAUGAACGGGAGUUUGUAGCCUAUUCAAAUGUGUCUUGGGCUAUCAAAAAUGGUCUUGACAUGAUAGGAAAAAAAUUAUUUAAUUUGUUUGCUCCAUAUUUUUGCCUUCCAAGCCAUUACCAAGCUACAUGUAACUAAUUUUUCAAAAGGAGUGUUUGACUAACUUUCACUUCCCAGCCCCACAUCAAAGGUUCUACUGUUAUUCGUUAAAUUGAGUAGAAACAACCGUUAAGUCUUAUUCAGGACACGAUCCCCGUUAAUUUGGACGCUAUUCGAAGAGUUUUCAAGAACAAUGGCGUAGCUGGAUAUUCUACCGCACCUAGAUCCAUUCACGACCUAGGUAGAUUCGAAACCUCAAACUGUAAUUCUCUAUCUUUAGGGUUCAAAUUGGACGAAACUGUGACCUUCAACUACUCCUUGAUCCAACCAGAAACCGAUGUCAACUCUUUGAAGCGCCACUGCGGAGAAUUCGUCACCUUACACGAGACUUAUAACUCAAAAACAGGUGCUUUUGUUCCCGGAUCCUUUAAAAAUGACUAUUCGAAGGAGCAUAUCGUAUUCGGGACCUUAAAAACUCGCCACUUCUGCCUGGAGAGCAGGUGGGCUUUCUGAUUUUUCCGAAAUUCUGAUGCAGAACUUCAGGUUGUCCGCAAAAGUGGCUACACCUUCCUUGAUCCAGUCAAAGCGGAACGCUGCGCCGAAAUUGUGAAUCCACUUUACGAGUACCAAGAAAAGGUUUCUUGUUCAAAGAAUUGUUUGUUUUUCAAUGACAACUCUAGGGAACCAGCCGAUUCUUCAUAGCAGUAGGAACUCUCGGCGCUCGACAAUACACCGGAAAUCCCAAAGUUUUCGAUUACACAGGCUUCAUUGGCUACGCCAGCUACGGAACUUUUGUCUACAUUAAAAAGGCCGAAUAA